ACUGAGUUAGCUGCUCUUGGUAGCUUAUUUACUUCCACUGAACAAAAUGGGCGACCUUAAAAGAAUUUUGUCUAAACCGGGCUUUAACCCAGAAGACUAUGUCAGUAAUAUUUCCUCUGAAGAUGGAGAAGAUAAACUCUUGGAAACAAAACAGAACGUUCAGAUUCUUGCUGAUGAAACUGCUCAAGCAUUGAAGAAAAAUGUUUAUAAAAAUUAUUCCCAAUUCAUAGAAACAGCCAAAGAAAUUUCAGUUCUUGAAGGAGAAAUGUACCAGCUGAGCCACAUGUUGACAGAACAAAAGAGCCUUAUGUCUACAAUGAUGGAAAUGUCUUUGAUCAGUGACAAAGCUAUUGUUGAUGAAGCAAAAGAAGAAAAGGAACAAGAAAAUCCCGAAGAAGAUAGUCGAAGAAAUUUAGCUUUCCUUCUUGAGAAAGUUGAAGGAUGUUCUAGUGUUACUGAGGUUCCUGGCCGUCAGCUUAUACACAAUGGAGAACUAACUGAACUGGAUCCUGAAACCUUUUCUUCUAACCAUGCUGUGCAUGCUUUUCUUUUAAAUGAUAGUUUAAUGAUAGCAUCAUUACUACCUCAUCGUCGUGGUCCAGUUCGUUUCCGAUUCCAAGGUUUAUAUGAACUUGAUAGUUUGGCUGUUGUUAAUGUGCGUGAUGUUGACACAGUGAAGAAUGCCUUUAAGAUUCUCAUGUUUCCUGACUCCCGAAUUUAUCAGACAGACAGUGCAAAAUCAAAACGCCAAUGGCUAGAUAUUCUUGAAGAUUCAAAAAAGAAGAAAGCUGCUCGAGACAAACAGAAAAAGGAAGCAGCCAUGCGUUUAGCAGAACAACAAGCUACUGUUGCUCAUACAUCAGUAUCAAGUGAACCGUCGAAUCCUUUUGAAGAAAAUUCUGGUGUUCUCCAGCAACAAAAUGCUAUUGAAAACAGUGUUUUCAAUACUGACUGGCUCCAAGAACUUCCUGAAGAUUCAGAUAUGUGUAUUGCUCAAAGAGAUUUUGAAGGAGCUGUUGAUUUGGUAGAGAGAGUCAAUGAAUUCUUGAAAGAUUGUCCAAGAACACCUGAAGUAAAAGAAUUCAAAGCUCGCAUUGAUCAUAGGAUUAAACAAUUAACAGAAGGAUUAAUGAGUGAAUUACAAGUGACACCAGAACGGUCUCUUCGAGGUGGUCCAAGAGCUGCAAGAAGAGCAGUGACACAGCUUAUCCGUCUUGGGAAGUCUGCUCAAGCCUGUGAACUGUUUCUGAACAACCGGAGUGCCAUUAUUAAAUAUAACAUCAGACAAUUGAAGUUUGAAGGUUCAACAACAUUGUACAUCAAGCGUCUCUGUACAGGAUUUUUCUCAAGUUUAGCUGAAACAGGCAAAGAAUUUAUGAAAGCAUUUCCACAGAAUUACGGCUGUUAUUCUGCCAUUGUUGUUUGGUCACAUCAAGAACUGAAAAUAUUUGUUGACAUGUUCAAGCGCCAAGUAUUUGGUGGAAAAUCCAAUCUUUCAAUAAUUGCAGAAUGUGUUAUGUUAGCAAGACAACAUUGUCAAGAGCUUCAUUCCAUUGGCCUUGAUCUUAGCUUCACAUUGGACUUAUUUAUCAAUGAUGAUAUCAAACGAGUUAUACAAGAGACAAAAGAUCAUAUUAUUGAGGGUGUCAAGUACAGAGCUGCUGAUGACUUGUGGCGACCAAUGAACCAUCUCAGUAAAACUGCUUGUGACAGAUUUAUAGAAGACAUGCAGCUUCUUGGUUUCAGUCAGAUGUCUACAUGUGUUUAUGAUGACUGCUUCGUAAAUUUGACGAUAAAUACAGUUCAGUUUACAAAAACAACUCUUAUUUUUGUUGAUGAUACUUUGAAGAUGUAUACUCCAGAUCUUGGAGUUUUUAUCAACAAUGCUAUUGCAGAUAUUUUCAAGGCUCAUAUUUUACACAUUCAAAAUUCCUUGAAACGAGCAAAAUUUGCCAAAGAUCAAACUUUCAUAAUGAAGAAUGCACAGUUCAUCCUGGAAGAGUUUCUUGGAAUCGCUGAGACAUUCUACCGAGAUAAAAAUAUUGUGUUUCCCAAAGAGCUGAUUUCUGUCAACAACGAAUUUAGACGCUUGAAAACACUUGCUAAAAGUCUUAGCUGAAAGAAGAAAAAAAAAAUGUCCAUGUGUAUAUAGUUAUUUUCUUUUUAAUUUAAUAGAUUGCUUGAAUAUAUUGAAAACAAAGAUGAUACAUGCAUAUGUAUGUAUAUAUAUAUAUAUAUACAUGCAUAUAUAUAUAUAUAUAUAUAUAUAUAUAUAUAUAUAUAUAUAUAUAUAUAUAUGCAUAUCUGUGUGUGUGUGCAUACAUGCACAUAUGGUUUAUGUAUAUAUAUAUAUGGCUUUGCAUUCUCAAGCCUUUUGAAUGACUAUGCCAAGUGUAAGUUAUAAACAUUUCCAGAGAAAUUUGGCCCCAAGUGAACCAUUACCACCGAUUGUAUGGAUGUCACUCUACAAUUCAAGGCAAGCAAAUUCUACACUCACAGAAAUCCUAACAAGGAAACUGUGUAUAGGGACUCCAACCUCCAUCCCCAUUGUAAUUAUAAACCUUAGUCAUAGGCAUCAGCAGAAGAAAAUAGACGGGGGCUACAUUCUGUUAUAAUGAAGCAUGCGCACAGAGUAGAUUUACUGAUAAGUUAGUGUAAUAGAGAAUAUCCCAGUACUUAGUUUAAUUUUAUAUUAUUUUUUAAGUUUGGUACCUGCUCCAGUGGUUUCUUUUGCUGAACAGCUAAUGUGUAUGGAUGUAAACAAACCAAUGCUGGUUGUCAAGUGGUGGUGAACAAACACAACACAUUUAAGCAUGCACACACACACACACACACACACACACACACACAUUUGUAUGUCCAUUUGCAUGUGUGUGUGUGUAUUACAGCAAUAAAAAAAUGUACAACAAUGCAAGAUAUUUUCAAGCAUAUACCAAAGUAAGUUGGUCACAGGCAGAGCUCCAGAAAAUCAUGAAACAGUUUUAUUGCCAGCUGCCAAUAAAAUGAUACUAAAUGCAGAAUGAUAAAAGUCAAUGACCUAAACUUAUUACAUAUCAUCAAAUUUGUAUCUGCUUUUACUUUUUGUUAAAUGUCUUGCAAAUUAUCUAAAUUCCAGAAACAUAUUAUACCAUCUAGACAUUUUUUAAACAUACGGAUAAUCAUAGAUAUCCAAAUUCUCCUUUAGUGAAUGAAUGGUUUAUUCCUAUCGACUAUAUAGGUGGCUUGCCCCUGUCAAUUAUAUGGCAUGGGUGCCUUGUACCUAUAACUAUACAACUGGUUGUUACACUGCUUUGGUUUUGUUUUGUUUUUCUCCACCCAUUUUCCAAGAACAUGCUGAAAGCAUUGUGACAUGAAAAUCAAAUACAAACAACAUUAGUAAGAAAGUGGGUGUACAAAGAGUAUUUUACUAUAUUCAGUAUAACAUAAGUAGACUAGUUAAGUAUCUAUCAGAUGCUAAAACCCUUGAAGGCAAUGCUCCAGCAUAGCCACAGUCCAGUGACUAAAACCAGUGAAAUACCUAUCUAUCUCUAUGUGUCUGUGUGUGUCUCUCUCUCUCUCUCUGUAUGUGUGUGUGUAUAUAUAUAUAUAUAUAUAUAUAUAUAUAUAUAUAUAUAUAUUUAUAUAUAUAUAUAUAAAUUUUUUUUUUCUCCGUGUUUUUCUCCUUGUUUUUCUCCUUAUUCUUUCUGUUGAAGAGCGUAGCUCGAAACGUUAAAGACUUUCUCUAUUCCCGAGCGUUAAACUAAUACAUCCUUUUGUUAUUUACACCACCUGUCCUCGUCUGUUGUUGUUUUUUUCGUAAAUUCUCCCAUAUAUAUAUAUAUAUAUACAUACACACACACACACACACACACACACACACACAUAUCCCGCUGUGUCAACCAGACUACUGGAUGUUGUUUUACACUGCUGGUCACAGAGCAUUAUUUCACAUUGUUUUAGCUUUCGAAUGAUACCACCUUGCUGGAUAGGUUGGGCAGGCCAACAUUUCCCACUGAACAGAACGCAGGUCUGUUGAGUAGACUGGAACAAUGUGAAAUGAUCUCGUGAUUAUGAGAGCAACAACCUAACAGCUAGGCUACAUGCCUUCAUAAGUGUGUGUGUGUGUAACAUUGACAGAAUGGUGGAAACAUUAUUGAAGAGUGGAGACAGUAAGAAGGACUUUGUAGUUUUGUUUUAUUGAGGAAACAAAAACCUCUCUAGUGAUGAUGCCACAAUAAAAUGUACCUAGUACACUUCAUAAAAUGGUUGGUAAUAGGAAAUGGCAUUCAGCCAUAGAUACCAUACCAUGCCAAAAUGAACAAUGGUUUGUUCACCUCCAAAUAAGAAAACUCUAAAUGUGACUACCCGUCCAACCCAUAUCAGCAUAUAAAGCAGACAUAAAUUGAUGAUAUAUGUACAUAUACACACAAGUGUAUAGAUAGAUACAUACAUGUGUAUAUCUAUGAGUAUACGUAUGUAUAUCAAUUUAAUAUUGUUAUUUAUCUUGCUUUUAAAAAACGAAUAUUGCUAAUGAAAAUGAAAAUUCCUAAAAAAAAAAAACGAAAAUGUUUUAUGCAAUUAAAGUAAAUUUAAUCACAAUUUAUUCUUUAAAACUUUUUUUUUUUUUGUUAAUCUACUAUUUGAACACAUUUAAUUUUUGUCCGUAAAUGUUUCUACACAUCAUAUUUGCGAUAUGUAUAUAAAUAUUGAUUAACCUUUAAGUUUUGAUAAAUUAUUUCUACUGUUUUGUUAUUCAAUGUUAAAAAUUUAGUCUUAUUUGUUAAUUUAGAUUUUAAUACUUUGAUUCAUCUCUUUCAAUGAUUUUUCUGUGCAAUUAAAAUGAUAAACCUACACCAAAGAGUUAUUAAAAAUAAAAGAAAUAAAACAUUUCUUCAUGGG